UCCAUCCAGGUUUAGUGUUGUCACUUCCUUUUCAGCUCAGAGCCAGAAGAAGAGAGCAGCCAGCGUAGACAAUCCUGGCAUUCUUGUUUUGGGAUAUUUGAUCCCCUUAUUAUAAAUCUAUGUCAAUUCCUGUCAUAACAACCAAAGGAUAAUGGCCAAUAAGAAGAAAGUAAUAGUAACAGGUUUUGAGCCUUUUGGUGAGCAUGCUGUGAACUCCAGCUGGGUAGCAGUACAGGAACUGGAGCGAUUAGGGCUGGGCGAAGCAGUAGACCUUCAUGUGUGUGAGGUGCCUGUUGAAUACCAGGCUGUUCAGAGCCUACUGCCAUCUUUGUGGAAAGAGCAUCAGCCACAGUUGGUGGUCCACGUCGGUGUUUCUGGGUUGGCCACCACUGUCACUCUGGAGCAGUGCGCCCACAACAAGGGUUACAAACGACUGGACAACUGCAGCUUCUGCCCGUCUUCCCAGUGUUGCAUGGACAGCGGCCCGGACUGCAUACACUCAGUCCUAGACAUGGAGACGGUCUGCAAAAGGGUCAAUCAAUCUGGUCUCAGGGUCGCUCUGUCUGUAUCCAAGGAUGCUGGAAGGUAUCUGUGUGACUACACCUACUACACCUCUCUGUACCUGGGGCAGGGUCACUCUGCCUUCAUCCAUGUGCCUCCACUAGGAAAACCCUACAGCAGCCAGGACCUGGGAAGAGCUCUUCAGGCCACCAUACAGGAGAUGCUGAAACUGCUGGAACUGGAUCCCAAACACAACAAGCACUGCAAUCACAAGCACCACCACCAGCACGACUACGUAUGACUUAUAUUACAGGAAGUGAUGACCAUAAGCUCCAGAAAAUGAAUGGCAUGAACGUCACACUUGUUGUUCGAGAAUAGCAGCUUUUGUAUACAUCGGGUGCUUUUAACUGUUAUACCAGUGUCAACUGUAAACCAUGUGUUGUACAGGUUUUACAGGUUUGACAACUCUGCCUCUCAUAUUGUGAAAAUAGAUGUCAACAUCAAUGAUGGACGUAAGAAUAGUGUAACAUGUGAAAAGGGGGAUUUCUGUGACUAUAUUAAGAUAUAAUAGUAGUUCAAACAAGGUAGUAGCUGAAAGUUAUGUAUGGUGUUACACUGUGGAAACGUUUAUGGUGCAACUAACUUUUUACGCCACAUUCUUCCCCUGUCACCUGUGAGUCUGUCCUCUCACUGUUUUCUCCAGUCUCCCAGGCCCUCUUGGUAUGAUUGGGUUGUUGUCUUGGAAUUAUGCUGCCAUUCCCCUUGUGUUGCUUGUAUUUGCACCAGAGAAAUGUGAUGAUAUUGAAAUGAUGGAAACCUGAAGAAAUUUUAACAUUCACACUUACAAUGAUUUGUUUAUCUCAGGGAAUGUAAUGCACAUGCAAUCAAUAUUAAGUAAUGUGAUCAAUUUAAUGUUUAUGUCUUAUGUACUGUAGUGCAGCUUUGCAAGGCAAAGCCAGCUUAAAGCUGCGUACAAUUAAAACAUCUCACACAGGCA